GGCGCCGUUCCGGUGUGGCGAUGGCAGCGGGCUGGCAGCGGCGGCGCGGAUUGGCGAGUCCUUCCGCCUCCCGGCGCGGCGGCGCGGGCUGAGGGGAGCGGGCCGCCUACCGCCGUUCUCCCGCUCCCUUCUUCUCCGCUGGAGGAAGGUGCAGAGCAUGGAGAAUGAUGAACUUCCGCCAGAGGAUGGGCUGGAUUGGUGUGGGGUUGUACUUGCUAGCAAGUGCUGCAGCUUUUUAUUAUGUCUUUGAAAUCAAUGAGACUUACAAUAAACUAGCACUGGAGCACAUUCAGCAGCACCCCCAGGAACCACAGGAAGGAACCACAUGGACGCACUCCUUAAAAGUACGACUGCUAUCCUUGCCUUUUUGGCUGUGGACUAUAAUCUUUUUAAUACCGUAUUUACAGAUGUUCUUGUUCCUCUAUUCCUGUACAAGAGCUGACCCCAAAACCGUUGGCUAUUGCAUCAUUCCUAUCUGCUUGGCUGUUAUUUGCAAUCGUCAUCAAACAUUUGUGAAGGCCUCUAAUCAGAUCAGUAGAUUACAACUGAUUGACACUUAACUUGAUUUCUAGUUUCCGUAGCUGUUCUGAAGCGAUUGCGUAUGCCUGAUCUAAUCACGAGACUGAAGUUCUGAGCGAAGGCUGGAAAGAGCCUUUUCUUUCAAACUGUUAAGCAAUGAACAGUGACUGUUUUCUAUUAAAAACAAACAAACAAAAAAGUAAUUCCAAAAGUUUUUAAAGUCUUGGUCUAUCACAGUGAUUUGAGUGGGGGAGAUCUAUGUGACACAUGAUGGAAGCAUUCCUCAUUUUGCCUUAAUGAUGCAAAACUGCUACACUCCAUCUGAAACAUUCUUUGGGGAAAUAAGUUUCUGCUCUGUGACUUUACUCCUCUGUGCAAAAAAAAAAAAAAAAAAAAAGCUCCAUCCUUUGUUUUUCCUGGAGUAAAAUCAGUGAAAAGAUCAUUCUUCUGUGCUAAACGUUAAAGACAAAAGAUCAGGAGAUGAUGAUAGAAGUUGCACUUAGAACAGUCUUUUGCUUUUGCUUUUUUUUUUUUUUUUAAGAAGUAAUUCAUAUCUACAUCAGUGCUGGUUUUUAAUGAAUUUUUCAAAUCAAUUUAGGAAAUGCAGGAAGGAAAGAAUAAAGAAUGUGCAAAUCGUUGAAGAGAAAAAGAUAUAUUUUUUUCUCCAUUGACUAGAAUAGCACGUGGUAGCAGGCAGGUAAUGAGGAGUGGCACAGACCUGGAGGUGCUUUAAUCUUCUUCCCUACAGUGUCAGAAGCAGCUCGUGCUGCCGUUGGGCUAUAAGAGGCACAAAACUUUGUGUUUUCUUCUUCCUUUAGAAAUCUCCUUUGGUAAAAUUACAAACAGUUGGAAUUUUCUACUAUUCUGAUGUCUCUCCAGACAUGUAAAAACAUAUUCUGUGAGUACUGAUGUGUUAAGAAGACUUUACAUUUGUGAAAGUUAAACUAUUGGGGAAUGCUCUAAGCCUGUUGUAGGACAAAUGCUAUCUUUCUUCCAGAAUUCUGAGUGAGAUGCAUUCUUGUUCUUGAAAGAAAUAUGAUUUUCUUCAGUCAUACUGAAAUUCCAUUGACAUUUCUUACCAUAAUAUCACCUUGUUUUUCAAUGCUAUUUUGGUGUAGCAUUUAUUUCUGACUACUGGACUGUGUGUUUUCAAUGAUGCCAAAUCUCUUCUUUUGUCCUGUUAUUUUUUGUUGUUGUUUCUUCGUAGAGUAACUAAAUUUUUGAGCCACGAUGGAAGUAACCUGAUUGUGAAAACGUUGCAAAAUACGGACUUCAGUAGGCCCCAAAGUUAUGCACUGAACUUCUCAAUUAUCGUUUUUAAUUUGAUUGAUUGUACGUAAUUGUCAGUACGUAAUCAUCACAAAUGCUAAUCCAGUUCUGACAACUUUAAGGGAAUCUUGGACAUUAUCAUCUGUUUCCUGCUUUGGAAGGAAUGCGUUGCUGUGUUCAAGGGUGGUACUUACAGCACCUUACUUUGGUUGCGUUUGGAGAUGCUUCUAGACUGUGGUCUCAGAUGCCAGCAGGGGUGCUAGGACCUACAAACACGAUGUAGCCUUUACAAGAAGGUUUUAAGUUCAAAGUGCAAUAUGAAAAGGAGGAAGCUGCCAUCUUAAUAUGCUGGAGUGAGAAUAAAGUGUAAACUCUGACUGCUCCUAUCUUUUGGAGUCAGAGCUUUUAAGUUGUGUUGUUUCUUAACUCUAAAGAUCACCAUCUUAUUUAUCUAUAAAAUAAAAACUUUUCAAUGUUUAUAAACAGAAGUCUGUUAAUGCAGAGAUACGUUAAUGGUGCUUUAUUGUGUACUCUUGUUCUUAAAUAGCAGUGCUGGCAUUCAGUGGCUGUUGCUCAUUGGUGUCCUUUCCAUCCCUUAGACUGUGUAUUUGGUUGUGUCAUCUUUUUGUUCUAUGUCCCAAUAUGUUGGCUGUAGCCUGAAUUUCUGGGGCUGGUUGGAUGACUCCUAUUACUUUGCCAUUUCUCUACUUCUGCGUAACACAGAGAUGUCUGGCUGGAUUUUCUUUUAUUUGAUGCUGUUUUUUAACUGAGAAGUUGCUAUAACGUGUCGAGGUAUUUAGAGGAGAAUGUAAGAGGAAGCACCAAAAAUGGAAAAUGAAGUGAGAACCACAUGGCCUGGAUCUGGAGCACGUGCUGCCUGCAGCAGUCUUACAGCAGACUUACAGAUGGCGGUUUGCGUUCACAGAACUUUUUAUUAAGGCUGUCUGAAAGCAUGAGUUUUACAACUGACUGCAGAAAGAUGUGUGAACCAGUUCAAGCCAAUGCUACCUCUGUAAGGAUAUGAGCUUAAGAUGGGAAGGAGCAAUAAACUAUUAACAGUA